GUGAAGUCAAACUCGGACUUGUAGGCGAUCUGGGCUGAAGAUGCUGAUCAGAGAGAAGACAGAGGGUGAUGGUAGCUGCAAGUGGGGAAUGGGUGACAUCUCCCGGGGGAAUGAGCACAAGGCCCAGAUCGGAAACCCCAAACUCACCUUUUAAGGUUUGAACAAGAAGUGCCUGAGGAGUGGAGGAGGAGUGAGAAAGAAAUGCCAGAGAGGCUGAGGAGGAAAAUCAGCCGACUGUCAUUAUGAAGAGUGUUGUCAGAAGUAGGGAGUAGGCUCUGGUCACCUAAGAUAAGGACCUGGAUUCUGCCCAAGGCACUGUUAUGUGGUAUACUUGUUACAUGUCCUGAGGAUCCACUGAGGUAUUUAGAGGGAAUGAUCAUGGUUAUAAUCAAAAGUGGUCUUCAGAAUCUUCUUUGGUAAAGAAAGUUUUUAUGGUUCAUUGAGGACAAUCACCUGCUUCACAAUCUAGAACCUGAAGAUUGGAUCUUUUGAGAACAUCAGAGAAAGACUGUGCUUGCCAUCCACACUGCAACAAAACUUUGGAACCUUGAACCUUGAGUGCAUAAUCUCACAACUGAGAAGGGUCCCUCCACAUUCUUGGAACUAUACACCCAUUGGAACCCUAAAGAUGACUCCAGAAUUGAUGAUAAAAGCCUGUAGCUUUUAUACUGGACAUUUAGUAAAGACUCGUUUUUGCACUUGGAGAGACGUAGCUCGUGCAAAUGAAAAUGUCGCCCUGGCUGAAAAAAUGAACAGAGCAGUGACAUGUUACAAUUUCAGACUUCAGAAAUCUGUAUUUCAUCACUGGCACUCUUACAUGGAAGACCAGAAAGAAAAACUUAAAAAUACGCUAUUGCGGAUACAGCAGAUCAUCUAUUGUCACAAGCUGUCCAUUAUCCUAACAAAAUGGCGGAAUACAGCAAGACUUAAGAGUAAAAAGAAAGAACAUGAGCUGAUAUUAAAACAUGAACUUCAAUUGAAAAAAUGGAAAAAUAGGUUAAUACUCAACAGAGCUGCUGCAGAAGAAUCCAGUUUUCCUGAACAAAGUUCUUCUGAAGGCUCUCUUGUAGAUGAGACUCUAAAAUGUGACAUUUCACUGUUACCUGAAAGAGCAAUAUUACAGAUUUUCUUCUACCUCAGUUUAAAAGAUGUGAUAAUAUGUGGUCAAGUUAAUCAUGCCUGGAUGUUGAUGACGCAGCUGAACUCACUGUGGAAUGCUAUUGAUUUUUCCACAGUGAAAAAUGUGAUUCCAGAUAAAUAUAUACUGUCUACUUUGCAAAGGUGGCGUUUAAAUGUGCUGCGUUUGAAUUUUCGUGGUUGUCUUCUCCGACCCAAAACUUUCAGAUCUGUCAGCCACUGUAGGAACUUGCAAGAGCUGAAUGUCUCUGACUGCCCAACAUUCACAGAUGAAUCAAUGAGACACAUUUCUGAGGGCUGCCCGGGGGUCCUGUAUCUCAAUCUGUCUAACACAACUAUCACCAACAGGACGAUGCGACUCCUGCCGAGGCACUUCCACAACUUACAGAAUCUUAGUUUGGCUUAUUGCAGACGGUUCACAGACAAAGGCUUACAGUACCUGAACUUGGGGAAUGGAUGCCACAAGCUCAUCUAUCUGGACCUCUCCGGCUGCACCCAGAUUUCAGUCCAAGGCUUCAGGUACAUUGCAAACAGCUGCACUGGAAUUACACAUCUUACCAUUAAUGACAUGCCAACUCUGAUGGACAACUGUGUAAAAGCUUUAGUUGAAAAGUGCUCUCGUAUUACAUCGCUGGUUUUCACUGGUGCACCGCAUAUCUCCGAUUGUACUUUCAAAGCUCUUUCUACUUGUAAACUCAGAAAGAUCCGAUUCGAAGGAAAUAAAAGGGUUACUGAUGCAUCCUUCAAAUAUAUAGACAAGAAUUAUCCAAAUCUCAGUCACAUUUAUAUGGCUGACUGCAAGGGAAUAACAGACAGCAGCCUCAGAUCUCUUUCACCUUUGAGGCAACUGACUGUGUUGAAUCUGGCAAAUUGUGUAAGAAUUGGUGAUAUGGGGCUAAAGCAAUUUCUUGAUGGUCCUGCAAGCAUAAGGAUAAGAGAGCUAAAUUUAAGCAACUGCGUGCAGCUAAGCGAUGCCUCUGUUAUCAAACUAUCUGAGCGCUGCCCUAAUUUAAACUACUUGAGUUUACGAAAUUGUGACCAUUUGACGGCCCAAGGAAUUGGAUAUAUUGUAAACAUCUUUUCCUUGGUAUCAAUAGAUCUCUCUGGAACAGACAUCUCUAAUGAGGGUUUGAAUAUACUUUCCAGACAUAAAAAACUGAAGGAACUUUCUGUAUCUGAGUGUUAUAGAAUCACUGAUGUUGGAAUUCAGGCAUUCUGCAAAAGCUCACUGAUCUUGGAACAUUUGGAUGUCUCUUAUUGCUCCCAGCUGUCAGAUAUGAUUAUCAAAGCACUGGCCAUUUACUCCAUUAACCUCACGUCUCUCAGCAUUGCUGGCUGUCCAAAGAUUACUGACUCAGCGAUGGAGAUGUUAUCAGCAAAAUGCCAUUACCUGCACAUUUUGGAUAUCUCUGGUUGUGUCUUGCUUACUGACCAAAUCCUUGAGGACCUUCAGAUAGGCUGCAAACAACUCCGGAUCCUUAAGAUGCAAUACUGCACAAAUAUUUCCAAGAAGGCAGCUCAGAGAAUGUCGUCUAAAGUUCAGCAGCAGGAAUACAACUCUAAUGACCCUCCACGUUGGUUUGGCUAUGAUAGGGAAGGAAACCCUCUUACAGAGCUUGACAAUGUAACACCAUCUAAAGGAGCCUCAGAAUUAACAGUGGAAAAGUCAACAUACAGCAGUGAAGAGCAAGUAGCAUGACCUUCAGCCUCAAGCAGGAGAAACAACAAAUCAAGAACUUGACAAGUUUUCUCCAUUUGUUGCAAGUAUGUUUACUAGCUGAAUCUCAAUAACAAUGUAAACAAGCAA